AUGGAAGAAAGCAAUCCAACAGGCGAUGAAGCGCCGCCAUCGCGAUCCGGAGACAGGACGCUGUCCAGGUAUGAUUCUUUGGAGCGCAUCGCGAGCAAGGUCUCCGGGCUCGCGAAUGUCAAGGUUAUGACCACGGCGCUGCUGCUGCGCCUAGCUUUUCAAUCGAUCGGGGUCGUCUAUGGCGAUCUAGGGACGAGCCCUCUCUACGUGUUUAGCAGCACAUUCCCGAAUGGGAUCGAUCCACAGCACGUCGAGGCGAACGUUUUGGGGGUUCUAUCGCUCAUCAUCUACACGCUCACACUCAGCCCUCUCCUCAAGUACGUUCUAGUGGUGCUCCAGGCCAGUGACAACAACGAAGGCGGGACCUUCGCGGUCUAUACUUUGCUGUGCCGAAGCAUCAACGUGGGAGUUUUCGGUCGAAAGGCUCAUCCAGAUGAUCGAGCUCUCUCCGGCUACGACGUCGUUCCCAGGAUCACUGGCAGGUUUCGAGAAGGGAUCCGGAACUUCAUGGAGGGUCGCAAGGCAGUGCAUAUGAUCCUGCUGCUCGUGACUUUGCUGGGGACUUGCAUGGUGAUUGGCGAUGGUACUCUUACUCCGGCCAUCUCAGUGAUCUCGGCUGUUCAGGGGAUCCAGGUCCAGGUGAGCUCUCUCGGACAGAACAUCAUCGUGGCCAUCUCGGUCGUGAUCUUGGUGCUGCUCUUCAACCUCCAGAGGUUUGGCACGGACAAAGUUGGCUUCAUGUUCGCGCCGGUUCUCACCGUCUGGUUCGUGGCUAUCGGCGUCAUCGGUCUCUACAACAUCGGAGCUCACGACUUGAGCGUGCUCAGAGCUUUCAACCCGAAGUUCAUCCUCGACUACUUUCUCCUCCGCAAGCUGGACGGUUUUAUCUCGCUGGGAGGGGUGGUGCUGUGCAUCACCGGCACGGAAGCCAUGUUUGCGGACGUUGGCCACUUCAGUGCGCGCUCCAUCCAGAUCGCCUUCGUGCCUUUUGUUUAUCCGACGCUCUUGCUGGCUUACUGCGGGCAGGCAGCCUACCUGAUGAAGCAUCCGGAAGACGUUGCCAACGCUUUCUACAAGUCGGUGCCAGCGGCGGUCUACUGGCCGAUGUUCGUGGUGGCGGUCUUGUCUGCGAUCAUCGCGAGCCAGGCCAUGAUCUCGGCGGUUUUUCAGAUCAUCAAGCAGUCGCAGGCGAUGAGCUGCUUCCCGCGGGUCAAGGUUGUCCACACCUCGAAGCGUUUCCCCGGGCAAGUCUACAUCCCCGAGAUGAACUGGUUCCUCAUGCUGGCCUGCGUCGUGAUCACCAUCAUCUUCAAGAAUACGACCACCAUCGGGAACGCCUACGGCAUCUGCGUCGUCUCGGUGAUGUCGGUGACGACGUUCUUGACCGCGAUCAUAAUGCUCCUGGUGUGGAAGACGAAUAUCCUGCUCAUCCUGGCCUACUUUGCGAUCUACGCGAUGCUGGAGCUCACAUACUUUUCGUCGGUGCUCGUCAAGUUCACGGAAGGUGGCUGGCUUCCGAUGCUGUUCGCGGCAAUCUUCAUGAGUAUCAUGUUCACGUGGUUCUUCGGGAGCUCCAGGAGGAACAAGUACGAGCUCGAGAACAAGAUGUCGGUGGAGUGGAUCACGGGUCUCGUGACAAACAACAGCAUUCUGCGAGUUCGUGGAGUGGGAUUGAUCUACACCCGCCUCUCACAGGGAGUCCCGGCCAUGCUCUCGCACUACGUGAGCAACGUUCCAGCGAUCCACUCGGUGCUCGUGUUCGUGACGAUCAAGAAUCUCCCAGUGAGCAGCGUGGUUUCAGAGGAGCGCUUCCUCUUCAAGCGAGUUGGAAGCAAGGAGCUCCGAAUUUACAGGUGCAUUGCUAGGUAUGGCUACCGGGAUCAUCACAGGGGGGACAACGAGUUUGAGAACUCACUGUUCCAGAGCCUGGAACGAUUCAUCCGGCUGGAUGAAGCACCAUCAUCAACACCAGCAGCAGCAGAAGCAAAUCAUCGAGAAGAAGUCGAGGAGACGACGAACUUGAGCAGCGAUGGUCCUCAGAGUGAUGGCACCACAAGGAUCGAAGUUUUCCCAGUCGUGGGUGGAGAUCUAAACGGUGGUGGAUCCGCGGUGGAGCAGGAGAUAAUCUCGUCGCCGCAAGAGGAGGACGAGGAGGAGAUCGAGUUCCUGAGGAACUCGAGGAGAGCCGGCGUUGUCUACGUGCUGGGCCACACCGAGGUGGUGGCGCGCAAGGAUUCCAGCGUCAUGACCAAGUUCUUCAUCAACACGCUCUACGCGAUCCUCCGCAAGAACUUCCGCGAGAGCCGCCUCAUCCUCGAAGUCCCUCACGAGAGGGUAAGAUCUCUCGAGAGGAGGGAGAGCAAUGCCGCGGCGCCCAAUCGAUCGGCAGCAUUCCCAGGUACGCGCCACGGAUUUCUGGAGCUCGAUCCUGCCGCGCGGUUUGAUUCGGGGGAUCGGGAGAGGCCGCAGCUACGAUAUUUCGGAGACUUUCCAUGA